CUGCUGCGCGGGGCUGGGCCCCUGCUGCGCCCCGCGGCCUCGGCCUCGGCCCCGGCCCCGGCCCGGCCUCGCGCGCUGGUGUACGAGCGGCACGGGGAGCCGGCUGACGUGCUGCAGUUAAAGGACCUAGAGCUUGGAGAACUAGGGGGUUCUGGGGUCCACGUUAAGAUGCUAGCCGCCCCCAUCAAUCCAUCAGACAUCAACAUGAUCCAAGGGACUUAUGCCCUUCUGUCUGACUUGCCUGCAGUAGGAGGAAAUGAAGGUGUUGGAGAAGUAAUAGAAGUUGGCAGUCAUGUGACUUCUUUGAAGCCUGGUGAUUGGGUAAUCCCAGGAGAUGCAGGACUUGGAACGUGGCGAACAGAUGCAGUGUUCACAGAGGAAAAGUUGAUGAAACUCCCAGGUGACAUCCCUUUGCUCUGUGCUGCUACUCUGAGUGUCAACCCCUGCACAGCCUAUCGGAUGCUAUCUGAUUUUGAGACCUUGGGGCCCGGUGAUUCUGUUAUCCAGAAUGCGGCCAACAGUGGUGUAGGACAGGCUGUCAUCCAGAUCGCAGGAGCCAUGGGCAUCAAAACAAUCAAUGUUAUCAGAGACAGACCUGACCUCCAAAAACUGGUAGAUAGACUGACGGCACUUGGUGCGGACUACGUCAUCACAGAAGAGAUGCUGAGAAAGCCAGAGAUGAAAGAAUUAUUUAAGAAAGUCCCAAAGCCCCGGCUGGCUCUGAACUGUGUUGGAGGGAAAAGUGCUACUGAGAUGUUGCGCCUUUUACAGCAUAAAGGGACCAUGGUUACAUAUGGUGGAAUGGCAAAACAACCUGUGACUGCCCCCGUGAGUGCAUUAAUCUUCAAGGAUGUGAAGCUGCGUGGGUUUUGGAUGACCCAAUGGAAGAAAGACCAAGCCCAUAACAAGGACAGACUGACUGGAAUGAUUCAGACUUUGUGUGAUCUUAUUCGUAAAGGGCAGCUCAGUGCUCCAGCCUGCACAGAGAUUCCACUGAAGGACUACCAAAUAGCCAUAGAGGCUUCCAUGAAGCCAUUCAUCUCAGCGAAACAGAUACUUGUUAUGUGAUCUUCAGCAAUGGAAUAUCAUCCUUGUUUCCAGAGGAUUUUUAAGAGGGGGCUGAAUCAUAGUCAGUUCUGGUCAUAUCAGAGACCCUGUAACUGGCUCCCAGCUGGUUUCAGGGAUGUUGCAUUCAGUGAUCUUGUCUCCUGAAGAGGAGGAAUCUCUAAAAUUUUUCAGUUGAGUUCACUUGAAGAGUACAAAAACCCACUCUGAAAUUUUGUGUGCACUGAACAUGAUUCUUGGAAGCAAAUUAUCUGUUUUUGGAGCUGAAUGCUGUUCUUUCCUCAGCUGAAAUUAGUUUCAUUGAAAUAAAGUCAGUAGUUUCUAAGGAGCAACCCCAGGGAUCCUAAAAAUGUGAAGGGAAAAACCAAUCCACUCCUGGAUUAUUGCUUACUGAAAUUGGCAGUCAGCAAGGAGACAAAUAGAAGCAGGUUUUGCUGGUUGUGCAUCUUCACUUACUCUGGAAAGCAACAGGGCUCCCAGCAAAUUGUCAAUGCAACCUUUUAGUACAAAGUUGACCAUCCCAGAGCAUGCCAUUGGCGAGGAAGCCUCUCUUCCUUUCUCCAUGGCUGGUUCACCUGAAGAUACUUCCAGAAAUGAAAAACUGACCUGGGUCAAACCCCCAUGCCAUCAUCAUAUACAUUACGUAGCAGGGGGACUUCAUCUGUAAUUUGCUAGUAAGGUCAGGGCUAGAGGUGCACUGAUAUACCAGUCCAUAUCGGAUCAGCACUGAUAAAAGGAAAAUUAAUAAUAUUGGCAAUCAGCUUUUGUUGGCCAAUAAUGUCACCGAUAAAUGUCGCAUGCAUGCACGUGUCCAGGAAUGCAGCCCAGCAGCUUGGAGAGCGACCUCCUGCCAGUAAGUCUGUGGUGGGGAAAGGGGGCGGGGGGCAGUUUGAAGCCCCCAGGGUGAGGGAAGGAGUGGGGCAGGCACUGGCCAGCCAUAGCAGGACACAAGAUGGGGACAGCUUGUCUGGGAGGCAUGGGUGGGGGUGGCUUCCCACUGCUGCAUGCACCCCCAGGAGAGGCAAGUGCCCCCCUGGAUUUGUGCACAAGGUGAGGGCAAGCUGCCCACUGUGGGGCCAGUGGCUGUGCUGGCCUCUUGGCAAGGGGGCUGGGCCAGGGCUGCAGUCAGGGUGGGCAGUGCUAGUGCUAGGAGAGGUGGUUACAAGGAAUUUUGAGGUGCCCCUAGCCACCCCUAACCAGCACUGCUACUGCCCCCACCCACUCUGAGCCCAGCCCCCGCUCCUCCCCCCUCUGCCUCCUGUGGAGAAGAGGCCAGCACAGCCCCUGGCCCCAAGCCUGCAGCAGCAGGGAGCUGCCCCCCGCCCCCUCCCUUGUCCCCCAGACAAGCUUCUUACAGCUCUGUCCUGUGCCCUGCCCCUGCCCACUCUCUCCCUCACCAUGGAGGACUCCAUCUGGCCCUCCCCUGUGCCCCUUCACCCCCUACAGACUUACUGGCCAGACACUACUCUCCAAGCUGCUGGGCUGCAUAUAGGCUAUCAGAUUGGUAUCAGCCAGUAUGGUUGGUUAAUAAUUGGUAUUGGCCAAAAAAAGUCUUUAUCGGUGCACCCCUCUAGUCAUGGCAAUUAGAGGGCUGAUCUUAUCACUAUAAAUAUGUUGACCUAGGGCAAAAAUUGUUGAAGUGUUAAGGAGAAUAAAUUCUCUAAUUUUGA